AUGAGGGAGAAAGAGAUAUAUCCCUGCGGAUGGUGGAACAAGGAGCAGCGAGCUGCAGUUGAGAACAUGGUAGCGGGCGUGGUCGGAUGCGUCUACGGGAACCUUUCCAGCGGCUUGAAAUAUGACCAGCAGAUCCCGCGCACCUCCAAUCAAUCAAGAACGCUCACAACAACCGAAUCAAUACAGAAACAAUCACCACAUUUCCAGAGACUCGUUGCAGUUCUAAAAUUCGUCAACACCGCCGCUCCCUACGUCGUCGUGGGCGUGUUGACAAGGUGGGAAAAGGGCGAGAGCACAAUCAGCGGGUGCCGAUCUUGCUAUGGAUCACGACUGGCCAGCUCGGCGGGUUUUACGAUGUCAUUCUCACGUAUGGGUGGAGGAGUCUCCUCCGGCAUUCUUGGUAUAUCCAGUGAUUGCGAUGAUCGUGAUGGCGUUCUGUAUAGCCGUCGUGCUGUUUCCGGCGGUGGGCGGGCUCUAUAUCGUGGGGUAGAUGAUGUUGAGUGA